CUUUCUUUUUCCUAUUUUAUUUUCGACCAAAUCUUUGUGCUUUUGUCGUUCGUCGUGCAUGGAGCUCCAACUGGGACUUGCUCUUCCAACCACUCCUUUUUUCCCCUUCAAAAUGCAAGCUCCAUUUGACUCUAAUGUUAAAGGCAGUUGCAGCAGUAGCGGCGGCAGAAAAAAGAGUCGAGUUGUUCCUAAAACGCUGCAUCUUUUGGUUUGGGACACGAACCAACCCAAUGAAGACGAUGACCCGAAAGAGCUCGACGACAACUCUUCUUCUGCCAUUCUCAAUGACGAUGAGGGUUUAGUGGGGUGGCCGCCGGUGAAAGCCUGGCGGAAUAAGCUACGCCGCCGCGUACAUAAUGGCAGAGCAAAUACCAAUCGCGUGGCGGCGAAGAAUAACUGCGGUGUUAGGGCUUUAAAUUCAACGUACGUGAAAGUGAAACUGGAAGGGAAUGCAAUUACCAGGAAAAUCGACCUUAGUGUCCAUCGCUCUUUCGAGUCGCUUACAGCAACCUUGAUGAGAAUGUUCUACAUAUCGGACGAGCAUUGGCGGAAGAACUUUAAACUGGCUUAUCAAGACAGAGAAGGUGACUGGUUGCUAGCUGAAGAUGUUCCCUGGAGGACCUUCAUUCGUUCCUUGAAAUGCAUCAAGUUAAUUCGAAGCAGAUGCUAACAACAACGUCCAACAUCAAAGUAUCGGCCAUGUUUAAGCUU